CACGUGUGCGUGGGUGCUUUCUCCUUGAGAGUGUCUGAGGCUGGUUGCUGCGGCUCAGAAGCGCAGCCUGGGCUCGGAGUUGACUAUGGCAACUCAGUUCCUGUGGAAGGCAGCAACCAUGGUGGAGAGACACAGGACUGGUUUUCUAAUUGCUUCCUGUGCUGGACUCUUUGGUGCCAACCUUACCUUUCACAUCAUCCCUCAGAAAACAUUUAAACCUUUGUAUCAGGCCUGGGCUACAGGGCAACCAGAUGAGCUUUCAGGAAAUUUACAGAGCCUGUUCCAGGACAUUCUCAGUGUCAUCCAAGUGAAGUCAGAAAACUGUUACCAAGCAUUUGCAGCCUUCAGCUUCCAUCCGGUUAGUGCUGGAAUUUCAUGGUUCCCUGCAGGCUGUGUUGUGGGCAUCCCUGCCAGUUUUGAUGUAACAGCCAGUGAUGAGCAUAGGAUUGUCAUGAUUGAAGGCAAAGAAGUAGACUGGAAGAGCACAGAAGGCCUGGCCUUGAAGGAAGCCUUGACCCUUUCUUUGGAGGCUCAGAAGUUUGCCAUUGCAAGAGAGGUCAUGUACUUGCAAAAUAACGGUCCCUUAAUACAUGCAGCCGUUGCUCCCAUUUGUCUAGCUGGGACAUAUGUCUCUGGAGUAGCCAUAAAACAGCUUCUGGGUUUAUAUUCUGGACCAAUGGUGGUACGAGGCCUUUAUAACCUAGCUAUUGCGAUGAUUGGAUUUAUGGGUUACUGCCUGUUGUAUGAUACUGUGAGUCGGGCAGUAGAUUAUAGGACAGACAGAAGCACAGCCACCAUUUCUACUGAUUUUGCCAAAGGUGGGGUGGAGUUCUAUAAUAAAACCCUGGCCCAGAACAAGACUUUUCGUAUGCUCAUGGGCAAACAAGGGGAGAAGACAUAUGCCCCAAAUGGUAAUCUUUUCCCAAGAUACUGGUUCAGAUUAAAACAUGCACCAUACACUUCCAGAAGGGAUUUGAUUGUGAAUAUUUUAAGCAUGUCCCAGGCACACACAGGGCAUGAUUGAAUUUUAAACUUCUAAAUUGUAUUCUGUUUGGAACACUGGUUUUCAUUUCUUAUAACGUCGUUCGUAUUUCCAUUUGGGGGAAAUACAUCCUAUAUUCACUAGAUGUCUGUCUUCUCAAAAAUUAAAGCUGUACUUCAAAGGUUUUAAGUCCUACAUGUCUCUAAAAUCAAUAAAGCUCAGAGAGUGUAUUACUUUCCAGGCACUGGAAAGCACUGAGUUGGAAGAGUUGACAUUUGUGUUUUGCAUAUUAUUUUGAAGGAAAGAAA